AUGCCAUCAAGAAAAACUAACAAGAGGAACCUGGAUUCCAGAUUCCCUGAACAAAUAAAUGAUAAUCAAAGUCAGUUAAUUACUGAUGAAGAAAAUUCUGAUGAAUUUGACAAUGAAAUGCCUGAUACUCAUAAAAAAUAUAAAAAUCUAUGGUUUAAAGAUCGUUGUUCAAUAGAGUCGCCUGUUGUCACUGAAGAGCUAUAUAACCUGGUUAAAUAUUGGGAUGUUUCAGGGAAAACAGAGCUUAUCGCAUUAUUUUUGGACCCACAAAUAAAAAACUUAAAAUUUAUUGAUGAAAAUGUAAAGCGAAUCACAAUCAACACAAUAUGGAGACUUUGUACCGAGAAAGAGUGUCACCAGCCUUUGGCUGAGAAGAUUCUAAAAAAUCAUAAGCUUACUAAGUUAUCUAGUAUGUUAGCUUCUAAUUCUGCAAUAACUACUGAUUUAGUUUUAAACUUGUAUAAUAAUGAAGAAUUGGAUAAUGCUUAUGAAGAAACUAAGGUUGAUUGUUAUCUUUAUGAACUAAUUCAAAAGAAAAAGUGUGAUCUAUUGACAUGGUGGUAG